UAUCCGCCUCGCUCAACUCUGUGCACUCAGUGGUUUACGGGGACCGAUUUGAAGGGUUGACAAGGAGAAUCGCUUCCCCGGUACCCUGUCCCUCUUCACCGGGUAGCCUAGAAGCAUAGUAUGCUAUCCCUGUCCCUCCGCUCGUUCCAAGUUGAACAGAAUGGCCAGAGACGCAUAGAGAACUGUCUGGAUUUUGAAGGUGAAGGACUUUGUAUUUACAUAAAGUUCUGUAGGCUAUAAAUACUGCGUAUUUGAUCGCGAGGAUGGCUGCGAAUAUGGAAUUAAUCGAAAGAACAGUAAGGUCCGAUAUCAGAGUGAAAGUUUGCACAGCACUCCCUCUGAGAUGGAGACGCGAAUAACAUAAUCAUUUAUUCACUUUUUCUCAUAACGAAGCGGCCUUUUGGAUUUUUGUCUGCAGCUAUUACGCGGCGCCGGACACCUGCACCCGACUUGGCCGAGACGGCUUCUACGCGGCUCUCCGCUCAAUAAUAAAUUGCUCAGAAGCGCUUCUUGAACUGAAUCGAUCAUUUCUACUCGUAUCUGAACUGUUGUCAAUGAUAGGCUACUUCCACACAGGCAGUUCAUUUGUUGCGCUUUGUUGUGCAGUUCUGUAAAUCACUGAAUGCGACGGAUAGGCGACAGUGGACAUCCGAUAAUAAAUUGAUACUGGAUGUGUCUUCAAAAAGUAACAAAGCUCAACUAAGCUUUAUAAAUGUCUUCCUCAGUCAUCUCUUCAUAUCGCUUCUCCGUCCAGUAUUCACUGCCUGAAUUGUAAUAGCUAAAACAGGAGAGAACUGUGCCUCCACCUCACCCCUGUCCAAAUUCAAAGCCAGUGUAAUAUUCUUUACAGCACUGACUCACAAUGGGCACAGUACUAUCCCUUUCCCCUGCAUUCAGGAAGAACAGCUACUAUGACACGCGGCCUGGCUCACUCAACCACUACCCGAGCCUGAGCAGCCGUUCGCUCAACACUCAGAAAGACCGCGCCAGUGGCCUGAAACGGGGACAGUCAAUCUUUCUCCCAGCCCUCACCUGGAAACGCCUUGUCGCCUCCACCAAGAAACGGGGGGCCUCUAAGAAAUGUCCUGGGGGUCCGGGGUCACUUGGAGACCCCCUCAACAACAACAACAACAUCUACCAGAAGGAUCCGGUGUUGCACCUCAACCGCGAGAAUGUCAAGAAGUCUCUGUCGUGUGCCAACCUCUCAAGCUACGACGGGCCAACGGGACUGGGUCUGGGGAUAGGCUUCGGCCAGGGGCACUACAGCUAUGGUAUGGGCAUGAAGCCCCAGCAGCUGUCCUCUGUCAAGAAGGUGCCCCACCAAGGAACGGCUGCCUCAUCCCCCAAGCGCAUCAUUGUCCAGGCGUCCACCAGUGAACUUCUCCGGUGCCUGGGUGAGUUCCUGUGUGGCCGCUGCUACCGGCUGAAGCACCUCUCCCCUGUGGACCCGGUCCUCUGGCUGCGGGCGGUGGACCGCUCUCUGCUCCUCCAGGGCUGGCAGGAUCAGGCCUUCGUGACUCCGGCCAACGUGGUGUUUGUCUACAUGCUGUGUCGUGAUGUGGUGGAUGGAGACCUGGUGGCGUCAGAGCAUGAGCUUCAGGCCACACUACUCACCUGUCUCUACCUGUCCUAUUCCUACAUGGGCAAUGAGAUAUCCUACCCACUGAAACCUUUUCUGGUGGAGGCUGGCAAGGAGGCCUUCUGGGACCGCUGCCUAGCCAUCAUCGACGCCACCAGCGCCAAGAUGUUGCGUAUCAACGCCGACCCGCACUUCUUCACCCAGGUGUUUGCUGAGCUGAAGAGUGAAGGGGGCUGCAGCCCACAGGACUACAGCCGCGUGCUGGACCGGUGAGAGGAGGGGUGGUGGGGUACAA